AUGUCAAGUGGCAGACUGUGGUACAGCACGGCGGCUUCUCACGCGGCAACUUGGUGGGAGCAACGACGGCAACACAUGACGGUCGAUGCCGUUCCAUCUUUGCUGGAAGCUUUCCAUCGAAGCGAUCGAACAGCACAAAGGUAUCAUGUCGGAAAAGCAGGAAUCUCACAAGAGCAGCUUCAAAGAGUCCCGAAGCUCGGUCGGCUCAAACAAGAGAUCUUGUCCAGGAGUCUGCGCAACAGACGAAACUCAGCAUCGGAAGAUACUUGGAGCACACCGAAAGGAAAAGUCAUGCCGUAUCCUGGCACAGCGACUCCGGGAGAGGGAGAAACCGAGACAAUCUCACCUCUUCUACCCUCUGCCAACGUACAAUCUGGUCAAAGACUGUCCAUACCGCAACUUCAACGGCUCGCCGACCAAGGCGAUGCUGGUGCCCAGGUCGACCUCCGCAUCGUAGAAUCACAACAGCACGCUUCAUCUUCCUCCAAGCUACCGCUCACCCCAACCGACGACGCAUCAUCACGGCCGAAAAAGUUGAUACCCCCGAAAGGAUGGCUGCACUUUGUGGCAGGUGGCGCCGGUGGCAUGUGCGGUGCCAUCAUCACAUCUCCACUCGACGUGGUCAAGACACGUCUGCAAUCGGAUCUGUAUCGUCAGCGCUCGCCACAGAAAGGAGCAGCGUCAUUAGCAAGUUCAGAAGCAGCAGCGUCGCAAAACAGCGGAAUCUUGCAAAGCGCUCGUCGGCUGGCGUACCACUUUGUAGAGACGGGAUACCUGCUAAAGGAGAUCAGUACAACAGAGGGCCCACGUGCCUUGUUUCGCGGACUAGGUCCAACAUUGGUCGGUGUCAUUCCAGCCCGAUCUAUCAACUUUUACACUUAUGGUAACGGUAAGGCGCUCAUCGCGGAUCGAUUCAACGGCGGCAAAGAGACGUCUUUGGUCCAUCUCAGCGCAGCAGCACUAGCGGGCUUGGUCACGGCGACGGCAACGAAUCCCAUUUGGGUCGUCAAAACCCGAUUGCAACUUGACUCACGUCGAAACGAGCGACCAGCGGCAUCACCAUCAUCAGCAACAGCAUCUCCGACAAGACCAAUCGCAAGCACUGCAUCCGCCACUGCUACCCGGCCAGGUGUAGCCCAUUUCUCCACCGCCGCCUCCGUGGUGCGAUCCAAAAAAACACUCGGAACGUUCGGCGAACCGGCAUUCUUCCACGCUUCCAAAGCAAGCUCCGGAUCCAGCAUGAACUCGCUCCAAAUGACACUGCACAUCGUGCGCAAGGAAGGCGUAAAGGGCCUCUACAAAGGAAUGAGCGCCAGCUACCUCGGUGUCGCCGAAGGCACCAUCCAGUGGGUUCUGUACGAACGCUUGAAGAAGAUGGGGGUCGAUCAACCGCAAGAUGGCCAGGGACAAGGAAAGGUGACGGGCAAGCUGUCGAGCAUGGUAGGUGCAGCCGGUGUGGCAAAGUUGGUGGCGAGCUUGGCGACGUAUCCGCAUGAAGUGGUGAGGACAAGAUUGAGGCAGCAGCCUGAAGCUGGUCAGAAGCCAAAGUACACCGGUCUGCUGCAGACGGUGAGACUGGUCUACAAGGAGGAAGGUUUCGCCGCCCUGUACGGUGGACUGAGCGCUCAUCUGCUUCGUGUGGUGCCGAACGCGGUGGUCAUGUUUAGCAUCUACGAGUUGACGUUGAGGUUCGCCACCAAGACGGAUGAUGUCCAGUGA